GGGCUCCGCCGCCCCUCCCGGACGGGGCGGGGAAAGCGGCUGCCGCGGGCGCGGAGGGAAGCGGGCGCGGAGGGAAGCAGCGCCUGCUCCGCCCCGGGAGCCUCGGCCGGCCCGGCCUCCCCGCUCCCCGUCUGCCCUGGAAGGGGAGUACCGGCCAUGAGCGGCUGGGUGCUGCGCGCCGUGCAGCGGAGCCGAGCCGGCCUGCCCUAUCUGCCUCAUCUAGCAUCAGGGAGACUCCAGAGAAAGCCCCACAUGGUGGCCCUGAGCCAUGCCUACAGCACCAAGGAAGAAAGCUCUGCAAGAGCAAUUGGGCGGUACCCAGUACCCAAUAAGAAGGACAUGCCAUAUGAUAUUGUGGAGCUCAUGGAGGAAGUAGAAAUGAAGACUGGAUUUUUGCCUAAUGUGUUCAAAGCCAUGUCUCAUCGACCUGCUGAAUUCAGAGCUUUCUUUGCCUAUUACAAUGCCAUUAUGAACAAAGACACAGGUCGGCUCAGCAAGGCAGACAAAGAGCUCAUAAUUGUGGCCACAAGUGUUGUGAAUAGAUGCCCCUACUGCGUGGUCGCACAUGGAGCACUUCAUCGGAUAUAUUCAAAGCAGCCAGCAUUGGCUGAUCAGGUCAUUGUGAACUGGAAACUGGCCGACCUGAGUGAUCGGGAACUGGCAAUGCUGGAGUUUGCCCUUGCAGUCUGCCGAGCUGAUAACAUCACUGAAGAGCAUUUCCAGAAGCUGGAGGCACAUGGUUUUGACCGUGAAGACGCCUGGGACAUAGGCAUGAUUUCUGCGUUUUUUGCUAUGUCUAAUCGCAUAGCUCAUUAUAUCGACCUGCGCCCAAACAAGGAGUUCUACACCAUGGGCAGGAUGCCCCGGGAAGAGAAGGAGAAAGAGAAAGCUGAACACGCGUAACCUCACAUUUUGGUGCCUACAGAUCUGCAAGAGGUUGAUCAAGAUCUCAUUUCUUAAAUUCAUGCAGCUAAUGUCUGAAUGUGUUAAAAGUCUAAGAAGCUAGUGCCAGGUUGUAGUGAUGAGGGAUGAGUCUCGCUUUUUUCCAGUACGCAGAAGUCUGGAGAGGUUUUCAGUCAGCUGGUGAUUCCAGUGCUACCUGCAAGAUUGUAACCUUAGCCUCAGCAGCCUUUAAGUGAGUAACAAACUGCCUGGGUAACAAUGUGGGUUAUAAACAAGGUGUUCAACAA